AUGGUGUUGCUCACGCUCCAGUUCAAAGCUCUCCUUGCCAUCGUCGCUCUGGCUCUACCCGCCCGUAUCGACGCACGGCCGGUCCCGGCUGACCAAAGUCUUGGUCGCAACGGUGUUGGUUCGGCCGUUACAGGGGUCCCGCACCAAGCCCGCGCCGUGAACAACCUCAAGUCUCGAUAUUUUGAUUUCAUCUUCCUACCCAGCAAGGGCAAAGGCGACGGUUCCACCCCUUUCAUCAUCAAGGCUAUCGACUUCAAAGAAGCCUUCGAGGGAAACGGUCCUCCUUCUGACUUUUUCGGACAAGGUGGCCAGCGUGGCGGGGAGGGUCCUGAAGGUGCCUCCGGCCCUGGUAAAGAAGGCAGCAAGAAAGAUGGAGAGAGGGGCCGGGAGAAAGGCGAAGAGAAGGGUGAAUUCUCCGACGGCCAGGGUGCACAAGGCGACAAGAAAGGCGACUCAGACAAAACUUCCGAUGGUCACGGCGAAGCUCACAAGCCCGACUCUGGCGUGAGCGAGAAGGGCGACAAGAAGUCAGGCAAGGGUGGAAACGAGAAAGGCUCUGAUGAUCACGACACGGGAGGAGACAGUGGUCAGAAGGGUGGCUACAGCGGCAAGGAGGAAAUUCCCAGCGAGAACGAGGGCGGUGAUGACGACAAGAAAGGAGGCGAGAAUAACGUGAAGGGUGGUUCCGACUCCAAGAAAGGUGGCUCCGAAGACCAACAAGGUGACUCCUACGACAAGAAAGGCGGCUCCGAUGACAAGACCACCGAAGAGUACGGCGACGACGACGGAGAGUCAAGCAAAUCACGUAGCGACAGCGGUAGCUACGGUGAUGGCUACAAGCAGUUUUCUCAGGGCCGCGGCGAGGGUUCUUCCGGCUCCAAGGGAAGCGAGGGCGGCACUGCCAAACACGGCGGCGGUGGAGACAUGCCCAGCUACUAG